AUGACAUUACAAGUAGCAAUUUCAGUUUUGAAUGCAGAUCAAACAAAAGUCAAGAAACAAGUUCUUUCGAAAUCACGAGUUUUACUCGAAUAUCCAUGCAAAGAUACCGAUAGUUCAUGUUUUCCAUACCAAGUUGUCUUUCCACGAGGCAUAUACAAGAUCGAACUUUACGGUGCUUCCGGCGGCGGCUAUAACAGUUCUACUAUUGGUGGCAAAGGAUCGUACACCAGCGGAUACAUUAACUUUAAAACAUUAACUACCAUGUUCUUCUAUCUUGGUCAGAAAGGCUCUCCUAAUGGUCCAAAUUCCUAUAAUGGCGGUGGCCAUGGGGUUCUAUCGUUAGAAGGAAAAUAUGGUGGUUCCGGCGGUGGUGCUACUGAUAUGAGAUAUGUUUCGGGAGAUUGGGAUAAUCUUGAUAGUUUGAAGAGUCGAAUCAUGGUUGCCGCAGGCGGUUCUGGUACCGAAGACCACUGGGCAAUUAUCGAAGGAUCACCUGGCGGAACUCUGACAGGUUAUGAUGGUAGUCGAGCACUUAAACCAGGAUGUACUAACAGAAGUGCCUUAGAUAUCGCCGUAAGAGCCACCCAAACUUCCGGAGGAAAAGGUGGCGUUGGAUAUGAAGGGAACAUAAAUCGAGGAGAAAGUGGAUCAUUUGGAAAGGCUGGUGGACAGCCAAACAAUCAAUGGGGCUCAGGCGGUGGGGGGCUAUUAUGGAGGUGGUGCUGGAGCUGUUGUUGA